AGCUUGCAGAGAGCACACAGCACUCCGUUCUCCCCAACAGCCAGGAUCUUUUUCUCACCCUGACUGAAGUACCCUCCCAAGCCAGUACCCAAGACUCUGACCCCAUGGAAGGGACCUCAGCAGCUGCAAAUUCCUCAAGCCUCCCUCCUCCAUCCCGAAGGUUAUCACAGAUAAGGCGUCGUAAGAAGAGAACGCGAGACGAGAUGUUUUCUGAAAUUAUGGAAUCCAGCCGCAGUGACAGAGCUCAUCUGAAUGAGUGGAAGGAAACAGUUUCAAAGUAUAGGAAAGAAGCCAGUGAACGUGAGGACAGGAGGGACCAACGUGAGGACAGGAGGGACCAACGUGAGGACAGGAGGGACGCUCGAGAUGAGAGGUGGCGGCAGGAAGACCAGAGGAGGCAGGAUGCAACGCUGGGGCUGCUGCGUGAGCAAGCAGACAUGCUCCGGCGUCUGGUGGAGCUUCAGGAACGGCUGCUGGAAAACAGACUGCCGCUUCAGCCCCUGUUCCACCCUCCCCCCUCCCCAUGUUCCGUAUCCUCCUCACCCAGACGUGUAAGAACACAGGGGGGGAGGCUCCGUACACCUUCCCAUUCCACCCCAGUAGACAGCCCAAGCAAAAGGCUGUCAUUUUUUUAACCUUUUCUUUGUGGCUUUUUCCUUCCCAGCAAUCCUCCUCCCAAAUACCACCCGGGUUCCCUCCCUCUUUUUCUAAUCUAUUAAUAAAGAAUAAAUGAUUUUUAAAUGAUAGUGACUUUAUUUGGUUUGAAAGAAAGCUGGGGGAAGGGGGAGGGUGGGUUCCUUACAGAAAAUGAGUCAAUAAAGGGGGCGGGUUUUCAUGAAGGAGAAACAAACAGAUAUUUCACACUGUAGCCUGGCCAGUCAUGAAACUGGUUUUUAAAGCUUCUCUGAUGCACAGCGCUUCCUGGUGUGCUCUUCUAAUCGCCCUGGUAUCUGGCUGCGUGUAAUCAGAAGCCAGGCGAUUUGCCUCAGCCUCCCACCCCGCCAUAAAGGUCUCCCCCUUACUUUCACAGAGAUUGUGGAGCACACAGCAAGCAGAAAUAACAAUGGGGAGAUU